AUGGAAAGAAGGUUUUGCAGUAUAUUGAAGGAAAGGACAGGGAUAGAGAAGCUUACUGAGAAGCAGAUUGAGGAGAUACGAGGCUUGGUGAAUAAAUCUCAUGAGUGGGAGACAAUGAAGAUAAGAGAAUGCGGAGGCCUUGUUGAGAUGGCUGUAGAGGAGUAUGAUAUGCUGUGGGAUGUGAAUUCAUAUACACUGACAGAUGCGGAAAAGGAAAAUCUGAAGGGACUGGAUCAAAAGACGAUAUUCAAUAAUAUGCUGUGGCUAUUCCACAACACAAGCAAGAUUGAUCAAAGCAUGAAGCGGCCACUGGGGAUGCAUGUGUGGGUGAUUAACCACUGGGUCAAAACUGUAGGGUCAGCAACUGUCAGAAAGUUCCUAAGGGAAAAUGGAUAUGGCGGCGACUUUGUGUAUUUUCUGUAUAAAUACUUUGAUCUUUAG